AUGCCUACAUUAAAUCAAUUGAUUCGUCAUGGUAGAGAAGAAAAACGGCGCACGGACUGUACUAGAGCUUCGGAUCAAUGUCCCCAGAAGCAAGGAGUACGCCCGCGUGUUUCAACGAGAACACCGAAAAAACCUAAUUCAGCUCCACGUAAGAUAGCCAAAGUACGAUUGAGCAAUCGACAUGAUAUAUUUGCUCACAUUCCGGGCGAAGGUCAUAAUUCGCAGGAACAUUCUAUGGUCUUAAUAAGAGGAGGUAGAGUGAAAGAUUUGCCAGGUGUGAAAUCCCAUUGUAUUCGAGGAGUAAAGGAUUUGUUGGGAAUUCCGGAUCGAAGAAGAGGCAGAUCCAAAUAUGGUGCAGAAAAACCCAAAUCGAUAUGAAUGGAGGAUGCCUCUGGAACUUCUUUUUCUCAGUCAGGAGAG